GUGACGUCACUUUAAAGACUUUUUAUUUUAUUUUAUGGACGUUUAGACGUUUUACGUCCGUUUUUUUAAAAAUGUAUCCUGUUCAAAGCAUGCGCAAGUUUGUCUGUGAUCGCCUGACCACAGCAGCUCAGGAGAUACUGGGGGCGUUUGAGAGGAGAGCGGCCGUGUACGAGUCGGAGCUGGCGCGGCAGCGCAGGCUGCUGGACACGCUGCUUUCACCUGACACCGAGUUCCAGGGGGCAGAGCAUUCAUCUCUCAGUGUGGAGGAUCAGACUUUGCUAAAGCAAUACUGUGCCCACAGGGCAAGGUCCAAAUUGUUUCUACCGGAUACUGCACAGAUCAAAGAUGAACACGAGGAAAUAUCCAUCAGUCAGGAUGAACCAGAACACGCGCAGCAGUUGGAGGCUGGUGCCUCGACCCCGCCUCCAGAUGUCUCCACAGAUAAUCCUCAGCCUCUGGACUCUGACCAGUCCAAGAGCGAAGCAAAUACAGAUCCUCCAUACAGCGCUCCAGACAAACAUAUAGAUUCUGGACAAAACGGGGAGAGUUCUGCAGAGUCAGCAGCAAACAGGGACCAUCAGCUCCUCUCUCAAAUCACCAGUGAAGCAGAGAAUCAAGAUCAGUCAGAUUUUAACGAUUACGUUGACGAACCAUCUGGAAAUGUUGAAUCAACUUCAGAUGAAAAUGGCAGAGAAGGAAGUGCAGCAUCAGCUGCAAUCGCCAAACAAACGUCAGAUGAGAUCACAUCAUCAGCUGCAAGUGCUGAGCAAAUGUGGGAUGAGAGAAGCAACAAUGAAGAUGCAACAUCAGCCGAGAUUGCUGGUGAGUCUCCAAAUAAUUACGGCAACACGCCAACCAGUAGUGCAGAGUUAAUACAGCUGGAGAAAAGUCCCAAUGAGACCUCUAAGCAAUGUGAUGUUGAGAAGUCAGAAGCAGCCAGCAGCACUGACCGAACACAUAAUGCUGACACCAUAACUGCAAACACAGAACCAGCACCAAGCAGCAAGCAGUCCAAGGACAGUAAAACUUCAGCCAAAGCUACCGAGUUACCACCUGAUACUACUCAGAGUCUGGAGCACACAACUUAUGCUAAUAGUCCUGAACCGACACUGCAGGACAAUGGGAACGAGGCUGCAGAAGCAGCUAGAUCCACUGACCUCCCAGCAAAUGAAACAUGCAAUAAGGACCAAACUUUAGAAGGAAAAGGGGAGGCGGCUGCAGCUAAAGAGAUUCAAGAUGUGACUCUGGCAUUUACUAAAGGUGAUGAACCAACUCUACUUGAAGAAAAUAGUGAUGAGAGACCAACCUCAGUUGGAGGUGUAGAACCAACUCUGCACGAUGGGAUACCAGCCUUGACCAAGGUUGUGGAGCCAGCUGCAACCAAGGAAAGCCAAAAAGGAAAACCAAAGGAGAAACGCAACACAGAAGGUACUCCAUCAACCAAUGCUGACGCAUCAACUUCAAAUGAGAAAAGUCAGGGACGGAGACCAACCUCUACUGGAGGUGUAGAAGCAGCUCAACGACAGAAACAUCCCGAUGGGAGGCCAGCCUUAGCAGGAGGUUUUGAGAGGAAUCAAAACAAGAGGAGUCGAGAUGAAAGGAAAGAAAAGGAAAGGAGCCAGGAGAAGGGUUCAGUAUCAACCAAACAUACUGAACACACGUCAAAUGAAAAAACGCAAGGUAGAAGACCAAGCUCAUCUGGAAGUGUAGAAGCAGCUCCACGGAAGAAGCAUCAUGAUGGGAAGUCGACUUCAACUGGAGGCGUAGAAUCAGCUCAUCAACAGAAACAUCCCGAUGGGAGGCCAGACUUGGCAAGAAGUUUUGAGAAGACUCAAAACAAGAGGAGUCGAGAUGAAAAACAAAAGGAGAAAAGCCAGGAAAAGGGCACAGUAUCGACCAAAGGUACUGAACACACGUCAAAUGAAAAAAGGGAAAGACAUAAGUCAUCAGGAAAUGUUGAGCCAACAUCACAUAAGCAUAAAGGUACGCAUGCAACAUCAGCCAAAAGUAGAGAGCUCACAACAAACAAGGAAAGUAACAGAAAGACUUUAACGUCAACUGAAAGGACCGAACCUACGGAGAGGGAGAGACAGGAUGAGACAACAUCAAGAGGACGUUCAGAACUACCAGAAGGGGGGAAGCCCAAAGAUGGACAAACGAGUUCAAGUCACAAAACAAGGCCAGACAUGUGUAUGAGUGAGAGUGCCAGAUCAAAUGAAGACGGAACACCAAGCUCCACUUGGUACGACGACACGGCGACUCCAAGUUCUGAACUAAUGCGAGCAACAAAUGAAAGUACAGAUGCAAUGUUGAAUGAAAAUCCCCAAGAAGCAAAAGUAACUUCAACUUCCAAGUCUGAACAAAAGGUGAAACGCAGUCACAGGGAAGCUUCUUCUACUGGAGAUGACGAACCAGCUCGGAAAGAGAACUCUAACAAUAACAUAAUGGUAACAAAUACGAGACCCAACGACGGGAUAAAGGCAAGCAGAAAUUUGAAAACAAAACAUAGACCUCACGGUCAAACCUCAACAUCGACUAAGAUGAAGGAGUUGACCACAAAGGAACUGAGUGGUGAAAGUACAUCUUCGAAAAGUGAUAAGGCCACGUCACCGAAAAGACAGAAUGAUGGCGACGCAACAUCAAGUCAAAGUUGUGACCCGACACCAGCCAAGACGGCGAAGAAGGAGAAUCCAUCAGCAACCGGAAGCUUUGAGGGAGAAAGCCAUGAAAAACACCAAAAACCGAGUAAAAAGUCCAAGGAAAACAGCAAGGGGCCAUCGAGUAAGCAUCACAGGAACACGAGUGGCAGUGAUGCGGAAGAGGAGGAGAAUCCUUACCAGUGCGACAACUGUGGCAGAGUGAUGACCAAUUUCAAAAACUACAAAUUCCACAUGAAAUCGCACACGGUUGAGAAGACGUUCAAGUGCGAAACGUGCGGGGCGAUGUUCAGGGAGAGUUGGGAUCUAAACAAACACAUGGUGAUACACGCCAGCGUGAAGCCCUUCACGUGCGACGUCUGCGGGAACGGCUUCAACCGGCGCUACAACCUGGACCAGCACGUCCGCGUGCACACGGGCGAGAAGCCAUUCACCUGCGCCACCUGCGGGAAGACCUUCAGCUCCGGCGUGAACAUGAAGAAGCACAUGAGGAUCCACACGGGCGAGAAGCCGUACCACUGCAAAGACUGCAGCAAGGAGUUCUCCGAUUCCUCUGCGUUCAAAAAUCACGUGCGCGUGCACACCGGGGAGAAGCCGUACAAGUGCACGUACUGCAAAGGGAGAUUCAGUACCAGGACGACUUUGAUUCGGCACAACAGAACGCACACGGGGGAGAAGCCAUAUCCGUGCAGCGUGUGCGAUAAGAAGUUUGGCAGCAAAGCGGACGUAAAAGUCCACAUGAGGUUGCACACCGGGGAGAAGCCUUACACGUGCGCUACGUGUGGGGACUCCUUCUCCAACUGGUUAAAACUGAACAAACAUAAGCGUGUCCACGCCAAUGAUGUACAAAGUAAAUAACUAAAUAACGUCGGCAACGGAUGUAUCCGAUUUACUUCAGAGGUUUUUGAAAUGCAGUACAGUAGAAUUCUUAUGCAGCGUCAUCUUGGACCAUAUGAUGACUACAAUUACUA